UAUUAUGUCGUUAAUUCAAGAUCAACGAAGCUUACUCUUAAUAGAAAAUAUUUAUCUGAAGUAUAAAUUACUUAAAAUGAGGAAAAAGUCCAAGAGAUCUUCUCCAAAUGUGAUUUAUAAAGAUCGAUUUAUAUUUGGAGAAUUCCAUCAACUGUAUCCACAAUUACGAAGAGAUAAAAUAAUGUUUCGUGCAUACACUAGAAUGACUACAGACACAUUUGACUACAUUGCUCAACAUAUAACACCACUUUGUCAAAGAGAGUACACAAAUUUUCAAGAUCCAAUCUCUGUUGAAGAACGACUGUUGAUUACUAUUAGAUAUCUAGCCACUGGAAUUGCGUUCAGACAAAUUGCUAUGAGUUUCAGAGUUUCAAAAACCAGUGUUAGUUAUAUUGUUAUUGAAGUUUGUCAGGCAAUUUGGACUAUACUACGUCACGUACACAUGCGAAGACCAUCUAUUACAGAUUUUGAAAAUACUGCAGAUGCAUUUUACAAUAAGUGGAACUUUCCGAACUGUAUAGGUAGCAUUGAUGGAAAGCAUAUACGAGUAAAAUGUCAAAAUAACUCUGGCAGUAUGUAUUAUAACUACAAACAAUUUUUUUCAAUCGUUCUAUUGGCUAUUGUUGAUGCCAACUACCGAUUUAUGAUGAUUGAUAUUGGAGCAUAUGGUAAGGAUAGUGAUGGUGGUGUUUUACAUAAUUCAAAAAUAUACCAUCAUAUUGAAAAAGGAACAUUAAAAGUGCCUAACACGAAAUUACUUCCGAAUACAACAAAUAUGGCACCGUUUGUAUUUAUAGGUGAUGAAGCUUUUCCUUUGCGAGAACAUUUGUUAAGACCAUUUCCGAAAAAACAAUUAGGUGACGAGGACAAAUCGUAUUAUAAUUAUAGAUUAUCCAGAGCUAGAAUGACAGUUGAAUGCGCAUUUGGCAUAGCGGCAUCAAAAUUUCGUAUUCUGCAAAAAUCAAUUGAAACGAAAAUCGAAAAUGCUGACCAUAUCGUCAAAGCUAUUUGUAUUUUGCAUAAUGUGAUUAUUGAUCUUGAAAAAAAUCAGGUGGAUUUAAAAACUAUAGAAACUGAAAAUGAAAUAUCAAGUACAAAUUAUUUGGAUAGUAUUCGAGGCGGCAGAUUUACUAAUAGAACAUCUCAAUCCGUUGUAGAGAUAAGAAAUACAUUUGUACAAUAUUUUAAGCAUAACAAAAUAUAAUUUCAAACUAUUUUUAUUUUAUAACAAAGACAAGACCAACACUGAUUAUUAUUCAUUUUUUAUUUCAUUGACAAAAUUAUAUUAUAAAAAAUGUAUACAUAAUAUAUAUUUUAUAGGUUCAUUGUAUUAAAUUAAGUUUGAAAAAAGUUAAAUUAUAUACUUACCAGUUAUUCCUGUGACUUUUGACACUUCUGCCCAUGCCUUGC